CUGAACUAACCAUUACCGUUCACUGAAAGUGUUGGGAGAGCAUGCUUGCAGCACGAAGUGGACUCGGUUACUGAGGAGCAUGUGCAUUGCAAGACUGGAGCGCUUUCCUGCUGGCAGAGGGCUAGCAGUGCUGGACCUUCAGCUGUUUUGGGCAUCAGAGAAAUAUAGCCUAAAGCUUGGCUUGUGUGGGGCUACGUCGAAUCGUUUUCGAAGCUCAAGAAGGAUAUUGUCAAGCUGCCGGGCCGUCUGUGUUAGCGGCUGAUGUCAAAGGAUCCCUUAGGCAAGGGAGACUAGUGAAAGCGCAGCUUGUUGACAAGGGAGCAGUGUAGACAUGGUUUGGUGCAACUACUGCGCUCAGGAUCAGGUCACAGAGCUUGACGAGACAAAUGGCUUCACCUGCUGUACGGGGUGUGGCCAGGUCUUGGAGGAUACUGUGUACUCAACAGAUCCUACCUUCUCAAAAGGGGCAGGAGGCCAGAGUCAAGUUGAUGGCAACUUUGUAGCUUCAGAGUUCAACACGAGCAGCUUGAACCGGCUGGCUGGACCAAGAGGCCGGGUGUUUGGGACACAAGCUGACAGUCAUGAGAAGACCAUCAGCAAAGGGAAGCACGAGAUCACGGAGAUUGUGGAGAGGCUGCAGAUACGGCCACGAGAGGACAUCAUUGCAUCCGCGCACCGCUUGUACAAGCUCGGCGUGCAGCGCAACUUCACACGGGGCCGCAGGACGCAGCAAGUGGCUGCGGCGUGCCUCUACAUCAUUUGCCGACAGGAGAGCAAGCCAUGGAUGCUUAUCGACUUCUCCGAUUGUCUGCAAACAAACGUAUAUGUCCUUGGCGCGGUCUUCUUGCAGCUGUGCCGCCUGCUCAGCCUGACUGAGCACCCCAUCAUGCAGAAGCCAGUGGACCCCAGUCUCUUCAUUCAUCGUUUUGCGGACAAGUUGGAUUUUGGGGAGAGGAAGAAGCACUUGGUAGCAAACACGGCUCUCCGGUUGGUGGCCAGCAUGAAGCGGGACUGGAUGCAGACUGGACGGCGGCCGAGUGGGAUCUGCGGAGCCGCCCUGUUUAUCGCAGCCCACAUUCACGGUUUUGAGCGCUCCAAGAAGGACAUCGUGGCUAUCGUACACAUCUGCGAGGCGACGCUGAAGAAGCGUCUGAUCGAGUUUGAGAAGACGGAGUCUGGCAGCCUAACUGCCGAAGAGUUUGAGGUGAAAGCAAAGGAGUUUGAAAUAGAGGCGCAUCGCCCGCUCUCGCUUUCCGCGGGCAACGCCGGCACCCUUACGGUGCCUCAGGAGGUGACGUGUAUGCAUCGGGGCAUGGGAGAGGCGCACUAUGCGCUUGGGCUGUGUAAAUGUUGCUAUGACGAGUUCAUCAAAGUUUCGGGGGGCACUGGCGGCAGCGGUUCCGCCCCCCCGGCCUUUCAGCGCGCGGAGCAGGCGCGCACCGCAGAGGAGCUGGAGAAGCAGCGGCUCCUCAAAGUGCUCGCGGCGGACGACGCGGGCCUCGACAAAAAUGCCGAGUCGUACGCGGAGGAACUGGCGAAGCGCGCCGUGAUCCACCGUAAGGUGCGGCGGAAGCGCAAGGGCCUCGCAGAGGCGUUCCGGGAGACGGUCGCCUCGCGCCGCAUGGAACAGGAGAUGGAGGAGGCGCUGGGUAGCCUGGACGUGGCGACCAUCGAGGGGGGCCUGCACGCCGCGCGCCUGAGCGACGGCUCCGGGGCGACGACGAGCCAGGGGGAAACGGCCCACAGCGGCGCGUCGAAUGCGGGGAGUCCGUCCGGGAGCAGGGACGGGACGCCGUCGCCCCGGGGGGAUACCCCCGCCGCGGACGGGCAGCGGUCGCCCCUCGGUAGUCGAAUGCCCGGAGGGGUUGCGAGUCCGAGCGUGAGACUGGAAGGGUUGAAAGGGCGACCGUCACCGGUCUCACCGCUGCGGCCCGCGAAUGCUGCUCGGCCGGGAGCUGCGGAAAUGCAAUCGGCGGAGGCAAACGGAGCCCCCAUGGUGAAAGCCGGCGAAGCGAGUAGGAAAGUAGAGGAGGAGAUCGACGGGAGGGUGAGCGAUGGCGAGGAGGAAGAGCAACUAGAGGGGGAGGUUGUGAACGAACCGGAAGAAGAGGAGGACCGGCUGUCGGAUAUUGACGAUGACGAAGUGGACGGGUAUUUGCAUACGGAAGAGGAGGUCAAGAUGAAGAGCAUCAUUUGGGAGGAGCUGCAUAAGGAGUAUUUGGCGGACCAGGAGUCGAAGCGCGCGGCGGUUGAGGCCGCGGAGGCGGCCCAUGUGGCGGCGAUCACAGCGGCAAAGGACAACGCGGUCGGGGCGGAGCAACUAGAGGCGGCAGAGCAGAUCGCAGCGGCGGCGGUGGCGGCCGUGCGCGCGAAGAAGGAGCGCAAGAAGAAGGAGAAAGCUGCUGGAAAGGAGGCGGGCCCCGCCGAGUCGGCAGCGAGCGCCACACACCGCAUGCUGGCCAGCCGGAAACUGAGUUCCAAAGUCAACUAUACGGUUCUGGCGCAACUGUUCAAAACGGGGAGUAGCAGCGGAGACGCAAAGGGCGCCAAGCGGAAACAGGAGCCGGUCGACGCGAAGCAGCCGAGCCCGUGGGUGCAACCGGGGGCCGCAAAGAAAAGCAAACCGGAUGCGCGAAAAGGGCGGCGGGUCACGUUUGCGGAGGAUGGGCAGGCGCAAGACCAAGUGGUGCAGCCGAAGGUGGGCAAGAGUCGCUUGGGGCGGUCGUCUGAGUUGGCGGGGAAAGCGCGGACGGUGGCGUCAGAACGAGCGGCGGAGAAGGCGGCUGAGGCGCAGAAGGGUGCACAGAGGGAGCCGGAGAGGGGGGAGGAUGUGGAAGAGACGGCUCGGAGGGAGAUUCAACAGAUGGAGGACUUGGUGCCCGAGACUGGCGGGUAUGGGGAUGACUACGACUCUGAGUACUACAAUUACUGAUCUCUUGGUCUGAAAGUGGGAACGUUUCAAGUCCACUGCUUCGAGGUCUAUUAUUGUGUAUGUAUGUGAAACGUGUACAUUAGACAGCUGUUUUUAAUAAGAAUGAAGAAGAACAGGUAUUUCCAGUACGGUACGACCAACUUCCAAACACCCUGAUGGAGAGGGCAGCUUGCCAGGCUAUAGAAAUCAUCGUCCUGCAUGAGCAAUUGUUGACAUCUGCCCCGGCACUGGUUCAUAUGCUGAUUGCGAGUCUGCGUAUAUAUGCUGUAGUUCUCAG